AUGGAACAGGCCGUUUUGGCCGCCAAUGCGCGGUGCACCUACAUUGCCCCCUACGUCAACGAACUCAAGGUCCAUUUUGAGCCUGGGUGA